AUGGAAGUUGCAAUUCAAAGAGAUUCAAGCGAAGAUGUUCUCAAAACUAGAUUGGGAACAUGCGAGAAAUGCGGUGCUCAAGAGGCUAGGUACAGGUGUCCUCGCUGCGAAUUCAGAUCGUGUUGCUUGCAGUGUGUCAAUCUCCACAAGAAAGAGUUUGAUUGCGAUGGGAUUCGAGACAAGACUCGAUUCAAAUCCUUGUCUCAAUUUACAGAAUUGGAUCUAUUGAGUGAUUACCGAUUGCUGGAAGAAGCAAGCAGAUCAGUUGAAAGUUACUACAGAGAUGUCAGCAAAAGAAGUACACGAGUCAAUCAAGAACUCCCAACACAUCUUCAUAAACUGAGGUGCACUGCAGCCCAACGAGGAGUCACACUUAGAUUUUUGCCCCCAAACUUUACUCGCCACAAACACAAUACAACCUAUCUGGACUGGAAAACCAAAAAAAUAGAUUGGAAAGUGGAAUGGAAAUUUGUGUGGAAGGAUGUCACAACUGUUGAAAAUAGAGUUCCCGAAAAUGAGCUUCUUCGGGAUGUUUUCACGAAAACCUUAGAAGCCAAUUCCAAAAAUGUUUCAUUGAAUGAAUCCGAUUUAAACAAGGUGCAAAUAUUCCUGGCGGCCGAACACACACCGGGCCAGAAUGGAAGGUUCCAUCUAAUUAGUCUAGACAAGACGUUGGCAGACAAUCUCAAGGGAACUGUUAUUGUGGAACACCCCAUCUUCCAAGUAGUAUUAGACCCAGCAGAUGAAUAUCCUUUGAUCGGCACUCCGGUCAGGGUCAGAGAGCCAAAAGCGAAGGUGGAAAGAAUUGCUGGAGAGACCAACAGCAGUGGCGACAAUAACGAGCAAGACGGCCCAGAUGGCAAAAAACAGAAAUUAACCUUUUUUGACGUUUCAGAUGGUGAAGAACACAGCGAGUCUUGAGAAUAUUUACGUCGCGCACAAUUCCAUUUCUGUAUCUGUUUAUUCGAGUAUAGAAAGGAACGAAUAAAGAACACAAAAAUGA